GACUGUUUUUGUCCCUGAAGUUUUUCUGCUACAUAAAUUUGUAUACUACACAUUAGAAAAUUUAAGUCUCUUAUUUAUUGUCAUGAGAUAGUUAGAACAUUGUAAUAUGCUAUUCGACAAGUUCUGCAGAUGUAACAAUUUCUAGAAGUGAUUGUAUAUUUAUGUACACCUUUUAUACAAGUCUUUUUAAUGACGGCUACAAUUUGAAAAGAAGUUGAUGUGAUUCUGACUAAUUUGUAUCCAUGGCUUUACGUAUGAUGUCAGCCAUAGUGCCAAGCACACAUAAUGUAAUUGAUUCUAAUCAAAGUUAUGAUCAUGGAGCAGAACGACAGAAACUAUUGAAAGAUUUAUUGGCUGCUGCAAAGAAGUGUCAUAUUAGGUUUGGUGGGCGUACUGAAUUAGCAACUGAAUCUGAUAUAUGUGUUAGACAGUUGUGUCACAUAUUUGAAUCAAUUUUUACUCAUGGAUUACGAACAAAUUGUAUUGAAAAAAUUAAUUCAGCUUUAAGACAUGUUUCAGACAUAGUGUCUGGUAGUAGUACAAAAUUGUGCAACACAUCAGAUAUGGCAUUUUGGCCAUGUAUAAAAGAACAGUUAACAUGGCAUGAACAAGAACGUUUUAGUGUAUUAAAAAAAGUUAAUACAGAUUAUGGUAGGGGUAGAGCUUGGCUCAGAGCUGUUUUAAAUGAACGUUCGUUAGAGCGACAUUUACAUGCUAUACUUGAUCCUACAAUAUUAUCUCCAUUCUAUGAGGAUUGGGCAUUUUUACUUGACCAGGAACGAAGUACUGUAUUACCAAAUGUAGCUGCAGGACUUGGUAGUAUUUUAUUUGCAAUUAGGAUAGAUAAUGAAGAACUGGAUAAUAAUUUAAAUGCCAAAGAAAUGGAGAAACAGAAAGUUUCAUUAUCUGAACCUAUUAUAUCAUCUACAAUACCAGGAUAUACUUCAAAACAAAAACAAAAGAAAAAAGUGCAAACACAUAUCAUCUCCUUUGAUAAUGAAAAUGAUGAACAAAAGAGUACAGAAACUUCCACUUCAGUUAGUGCACCUUCAACUUGUCUCAAUUCUCCUACAGUAAUAUCAAUAAAAACUUCGACAUCACCUAGUCCAUCUGUUUCACAAUCCCAACCAGAAUCAAGUGAUGUAAAUACAGAAUCUAAUAAAGAACCUUCUGAUUGUGAAAAAUGUGAAGCAUUUGAAGAAGAAAAGGUAUUAACUCCAAUCACAGAUACUGGAAAUAUGGGAGGACUUGUGCCUGUAUCACCAUUAGAUCAAACAUUAGAUGACAUGCUAAUAGCAUUGCCAAGCUACAUAGAUGAGUCAUCUGAAAUUGCAGAAGCUGCAGUGGAAGCUACUGAACCUCUUGCAGAUUUAGAUAUUCAUACAGAUGCUGAAGACUUGGAUAUCGAGGGGUUACGAUUAAGACUUUUAGCUAUGACUGAAAUGCUAGAACAAGCGAAAGAAGACGCUAUGAGUAGUAGAUCGCAACUUGCUCGUUUACAAAGACAACAUCAAAAUUAUCUUGAAAGACAUGAACUACAAACACAAGCAUUAAAUAGAGAAAAUGAAUUACUACGACAACAAUUACGUAAAUAUGUAACCGCAGUACAAAUGUUAAGAAGAGAUUCUGACGUCGCUAUAGUAUCCGAAGAGGAUCCACAAUUAGAUUAUCAUAGUGAAGCUCAACAGUAUGAAGAAAAAUUAAUUCAAGUUGCAGAAAUGCAUGCAGAAUUAAUGGAAUUUAACGCUAGAUUAACUUUACAAUUGAAUGACAGGGAUAGAUUAGUUAAACUGUUGCAAGCUGAAUUAGAGUGCCUUCGCGGCCCCUUAAAUGAAGAUGACUUACCAUCAGAACCUCCAUGUCUCAUUCAUAUAUGGAUUCCAUCUGCGUUUCUUACUGGACAGCCGUCUGAUAUUCACCACGUUUAUCAGAUAUAUGUACGUAUUAGAGAUACUGAGUGGAAUAUAUAUAGAAGAUACGCGCAAUUUCAUGCAUUGUAUAGAGAAUUAAAGAAACACGAUGCAAUUGUUACUACUUUCGAAUUUCCACCAAAGAAGACAAUAGGAAAUAAGGAUGCAAAAUUUGUAGAAGAAAGACGACAAAAAUUACAGCACUGGUUGAGACGAAUUGUUGGAAGAUUAGCACAGUGUUCUCCAGCAUUUGCGUCUAGACCAAGUAGACAAACACUUAUAUCCUUAAUGCCUUUCUUUGGUGAUAACCCUAAUACUGAGGAUUCGAGGAAAAAUAACUCUACAAGAAACACGUUUUCUUCUUCCCCUCAAUACAUGGGUUUAUAAUUAUUAACGUUUUUAUAGACAAUUUGUACAUACACGAAGCCUUUUUAAUUUAAUGUAUAAAGGUUGCUCUAUAUAUUAUAUAUAUUGUUGACAAUU